AUGUCUCGGGUCUGUCAGGCAGCCGGUCACAAGUUCAUACCGUAUCAAAUUAAAGAGGACGAUCUGUACGGAGGGAUAUCGAACGUUCUCUCAGUCAUAAGGCCCGAGUGGCCUUCGGAGAACAUUAAAUACAAGUUAUUUACUGAUGGAAUAACAAAUAAAUUAGUAGCUUGCCAAUUAAAAUCAGAGGAGGAAAUUUUGCUCGUAAGGAUCUAUGGAAAUAAAACGGAUCUUUUGAUUGACAGAGAUGCUGAAAUAAGAAACAUCACUCUGCUAAAUAAAGAGGGUUUGGCGCCAAAAAUAUAUGGUGUUUUUAGAAAUGGUCUAGUGUAUGAAUAUUAUCCCGGGGUGACUCUGACCACAGAAACUGUUAUAGACCCUAAAAUAUCUACAUUGGUUGCACGACAAAUGGCUAGGAUGCACAAAGUACAACUCGGACCUGAAGUAAAGAAAGAACCAAUGAUUUGGGACAAAAUAGAACAGUUCCUGAACCUCAUACCAGAACAAUAUUCAGAUCCCGACAAGCAGGCCAGGUUCGAGCGCAGCUUCGUGUCCCCUGCGAGUCUUCGGUCGGAGUUCUCGUGUCUUCAACAGCGUCUUGCUGGCUGUGAGAGUCCGCUGGUGUUUGCUCACAACGACCUGCUGCUGGGUAACGUUGUGUUGGAUGAGCUCGCGGGGAGCGUGGCCUUCAUCGACUACGAGUACGCGGGCUACAACUACCAGGCCUUCGACAUCGCCAACCACUUUAAUGAGUACGUCGGUCUGUCUCUGGAGGACAUCGACUACUCCCGCUACCCGUGUGAACAGUUCCAGCGUCGCUGGGUGUACAGCUACCUGACGGAGCUGCAGGCCCGCGAGCCCCGCGAGGAGGACGUGUCGCGCGUGUGUCACCAGGUCCGGGACCUCGCGCCCCUCUCACACUUCCUGUGGGGCGCGUGGGCGCUCGUACAGUCACACCUCUCAGACAUACACUUCGACUUCCUGAGAUACGCUGAGAUACGACUCGGGAGAUACUACGAGCUGAAGGAGGAACGAGACGCGCCGUGA